AAUGCCCAUCCUCCCGCCAUAUUCUCAGGCAACUUCGACCUCUAUGGCAUGUACCUCCCCUUCCUCAUCAAAGCCUACCUCCCACCGGGAAGCACUUCCCCCGACUACGCCGCAGUAUACGACACAAUCCUCGCUUACCAGUCCAAGCACGACUAUACUGCUCGGUGCUUCCUCUCGCUCAGCUCCGACACAGGUAGAGCAGAGAGCAUUUCUAUUUUCGAUCCUAUGAUGGAGCGCCCUUUUGAUGUGCUGAUAAGUAAUUUGAAACAUCGCGCAGAACUCACGUUCACCUCGAACGAACGCGCUUCCUUCCUGGCCCCUGAUCAUAGUCCUGUGUUGCCGGGCGUCAUUGGCCAAGCGGGGCUCCCUCCUCAAUGUGGAGUCAAGAACGCAAAGGGAAUAUGGAAGAUGAAACGCGCAGCAGAUUCUUCGACAAAAGCGAACCCAGGCAAAAAGACGAGCAAAGCUGUGAAAAAGGAACUUUUUGAAGGCUACUUCUCCUUCAGCGUCAGCUACGACCAGAUGUACAGAAAAGCAGGUCAUGGGAGCGGGUCAACGUGUCGGUUUGCGUUUUGGGGCGUUCGAGCGAUGAAGGAUAAUACGGGGAAGGAGAUCGGG